GGGAUUGCUAGGCAGGUAGGUAGGGUCCAACGACUCCAAAAGUCUCGCCUCCCAAUUUAUUUUGCUGCGUCUGUUAUCGGCUUCCGAAGAAGGAAGAAUCCGAACGGCAGCGCUUUCAGAAUUUCGAUUCUGAAAAGCUGUUCCUAACAAUUCUUUUCGUAACUUUGAAACCCACGCAAAAAUGGUGUCUGCCAACAAGGAGAUGGUUGUGUACUGCUUUGACACCCUCGUCGCUCACUACAACAGUGACGAUGCUCCUCCUCCUGCCUUCGACGAGGGUCAACACCCAUUAUUUGUUACAUGGAAGAAAGUAGUAAAUGGCGGCGAGCCUCGACUUCGGGGAUGUAUUGGUUCUCUAGAAGCACGUGGCUUAAUCAAUGGCUUCAAAGAUUAUGCCCUCAACAGCGCUCUCAGAGACCGCAGAUUUCCACCCAUACAGGCAAAAGAGCUUCCUACUUUGGAGUGUACAGUAUCUAUUCUUACUGAUUAUGAAAAUGCUAACGACUACCUUGAUUGGGAGGUAGGGACACAUGGUAUAAUUAUUGAAUUUACUGAUCCUGACUACAACACAAGGCGAAGUGCCACAUACCUGCCUGAAGUGGCUGCCCAUGAAGGUUGGACUAAAUUAGAGGCCAUUGAUUCCUUGAUACGCAAAGCCGGCUACAAUGGUGUAAUCACGGAGUCACUCAGGAAGCGUUUACAGCUGACCAAAUACCAAAGUACCUUAUUUACAAUGCACUACAGUGAAUAUGUUGCCUAUGUGAAGCAGGCAAGAGGUGAAGCUCCUUCUAUUCUUGGAGCCAAGUUACGCAACUAGUAUUCAUUUCAAGCUAAACUUUUCCAAAAUUGCAUAGCUUCUUUGGUUAAAGAAAGAAGACUAUUUCCUAAAGAAAGGAAAAGAAAGAAAAACAGGUGCAAUUUGUUCUUUUCUUAAUUGAACCUAUUGCUAUGAUUGGUGCAACUCUUUCACAUUCUUCAAAUUCAUUUGAUUUUGAAGAAAUUAGUAACACUGGAUUCAGUUAUUUAUGAAAUAUUCAGCUCUUUUGAACUGCUUUAUGCCA